AUGGAUCGAAGUUGGAUGACAAGACCACGCAUAAGUGACGAGUAUGACAAUGGAGUUGAAGAUUUCUUGCAAUUUGCCAAACAUAAUGCAGCACCCAUUGGUGGACUAUACUUAUGUCCAUGUGUUAAUUGUUUGAAUGGACGACGACAAUCUUUGGAUGACAUUAGAACACAUCUUAUAUGUGAUGGUAUUAGUCCAAAUUAUACGAAAUGGAUUUGGCAUGGUGAAUUACCACAAAUGUCAUCAAGCCCUUCGACUGCUCUAGUUGACGAAGAAGUUGGUGAUCAUAUAGAAGACAUGCUACGUGAUCUUGGACAAGAGGGUUUUAGGCAAGCACAUUCACCUUACUAUGAAAGCUUAGAUACUGAUUCUACGACUCCAUUGUAUAUGGGAUGCACAAAGUACACACGGUUAUCAGCGGUCUUAGGUUUGGUGAAUUUGAAAGCAAGAUUUGGGUGGAGUGACAAAAGUUUCAACGAAUUACUUUUGUUAUUGAAGAAUAUGCUUCCUGUAGAUAACACAUUACCCAAGAACCAUUACGAGGCAAAGAAGAUAUUAUGCCCUGUGGGUAUGGAAUACCACAAAAUACAUGCAUGCCCUAAUGAUUGUAUUUUGUAUAGACAUCAAUUUGCUGAAAUGCGCAGCUGCCCUACAUGUGGAGCGUCACGUUACAAAGUGAAGUCUGAUGAAAGCAGUGUUGAUGGAAGCACAUACAAAGAUUGUCCAUCAAAAGUGUGUUGGUAUCUUCCAGUAAUACCAAGGUUUAAGCAAUUGUUUGCUAAUGCACAAGACGCGAAAAACCUAACAUGGCAUGCUGAUAGGAGGAUUAAAGAUGGAUUGCUCCGUCAUCCUGCUGAUUCUCCUCAAUGGAAGUCAAUUGAUGAGUUGUAUCUGGAAUUUGGACAAGAUCCCAGAAACCUAAGGGUUGGUCUCGCCUCCGAUGGAAUGAAUCCUUUUGGGAACUUGAGCUGCAACCACAGUUCGUGGCCUGUUUUGCUAAUGAUUUACAACCUUCCUCCUUGGUUGUGCAUCAAACGGAAGUACAUAAUGAUGUGUAUGAUGAUAGCCGGUCCAAGACAGCCAGGAAAUGACAUUGAUGUGUAUCUUGCUCCGUUGAUUGAAGACCUCAGGAAAUUGUGGGUAGAAGGGGUUGAUGUGUAUGACAGGAAUGCUCAGGAGACAUUCAGGUUGCGUGUAAUGAUUUUUUGCACCAUUAACGACUUUCCGGCAUAUGGGAAUUUGAGUGGAUAUAGCGUCAAAGGCCACCACGCAUGUCCUAUAUGUGAGAAAGACACAAGUUACCUCCAAUUAAAGCAUGGGAAGAAGACAGUGUAUACAAGACAUCGAAGAUUUUUAAAAGCUUUUCACCCAUACAGGCGAAUGAAGAAGGCAUUUAAUGGCACAUCUGAGUUUGACAGUGCACCGAUUCCUUUGUCAGGUCAUGAAGUUUUUGAUCGGGUAAAGAACAUCGUCACUAUAUAUGGGAAGACACAAAAAAAGGAUGGGUCCCACAACCAGCUUUGGAAGAAAAAGUCUAUAUUUUUUUAUCUGCCUUACUGGUGUCAUUUAGAUGUGAGACAUUGCUUAGAUGUUAUGCAUGUUGAGAAAAAUGUAUGUGAUAGUCUAGUUGGGACACUGCUAAACAUUAAAGGCAAGACAAAAGAUGGUUUGAAAUGCCGUCAAGAUUUAGUAGAGAUGGGCAUACGACAACAGUUGCACCCAGUUUCAAAAGGUGUUCGAACUUAUUUGCCGCCCGCAUCUCAUACAAUGUCAAAGACUGAGAAAAAAAGCUUUUGUCAUUGUCUGAAAAAUGUCAAAGUCCCACAAGGAUACUCUUCAAAUAUAAAGAGCCUUGUAUCUGUGAGUGAUAUGAAAUUGGUUGGCUUGAAGUCUCAUGAUUGUCACAUUUUAAUGCAACAAUUAUUGCCUAUAGCCAUCCGGGGUAUAUUGCCUGACAAAGUAAGGGUUGCAAUAACUAGAUUGUGUUUUUUCUUCAAUGCCAUCUGCAGCAAAGUAAUCGACCCAAAACAGUUGGAUGAUUUGGAAAAUGAGGCUUCCAUUAUCAUUUGUCAAUUGGAGAUGUAUUUUCCACCUGCAUUUUUUGACAUAAUGGUUCACUUGGUUGUUCAUCUAGUUCGAGAAAUACGAUUGUGCGGGCCCGUUUAUCUGCGUUGGAUGUAUCCGGUUGAGCGGUACAUGAAGGUAUUGAAAGGUUAUACGAAAAAUCAACAUCGCCCCGAAGCAAGCAUUGUUGAAAGGUAUGUGGCUGAAGAAGCCAUUGAGUUUUGUUCUAAGUACAUUGAAAAUGGUUCACCUGUCGGUCUUCCUGAAAGCCGUCACGAGUCCACCCGACAAGGCAGGGGUACACGAGGAUUCAAUGUUGUAACCAUGGAUCGGGAACAGGUCUCUCAAGCGCAUUUAUAUGUACUAAACAACACUGCUGAAGUUAUACCAUACUUAGAUGCUCACAAGGAAUAUGUUGCAGCUUGUCACCCAAACAUGAAUAUGAUGCGCGUGUUGCAGGAGCACAAUAGGAGUUUCAUUAAUUGGUUUAGAAAAACAAUUUUUGGAAUUAACACUGCUUCUAAGACAUUAACAAUGUUAGCUGUUGGGCCUAAUCUGAAUGUCCUUACUUGGAAGGGGUAUGAUAUCAACAAUUAUUCAUUUUACACAAAAUCGCAGGAUGAUCACAGUGUUGUACAAAACAGUGGAGUCACCAUUGAUGCUCAUUCGGACCACUUUAGUAGUGCAGUGGAUAACCAUCCUAUUCGAGCGUCCAUGCCUUAUUAUGGACAAAUCAAGGAAAUUUGGGAGCUUGAUUAUGGUGAAUUUAGAGUGCCUGUUUUCAAGUGCCAAUGGGUUAAUGGAAAUGCAGGUGUCCGACAAGACAAAAUGGGGUUUACUUUGGUUGACCUUCAAAGGAUUGGUUAUAAGGACGAGCCAUUCAUCCUGGCAACACAAGCAAGACAGGUGUUCUAUGUUGAAGAUCCCAACGACUCAAGAUGGUCAGUUGUUCUUCAAGGGAAAACAAUUGGUAUAUCUCCCGAUAUUGAUGCUUCAACCCUUGAUGUUAACGACAUGCCGACCUUCUCCACAGAAAUGCCUCCCGUAAAUGAUGAAAAUGAGGAGGAUGAUGUAUAUGCGAAUCGUAUCGAUCAUGACGAAGGCAUGGCAACACCCCCGAGGUCCCCUCCACCAGCAGAUUCUCCUACGGAAACCACAAAAAAGAAGACUAGACAAACUACCAGGAUGCGAAGGUUGACUGCCAAAAGCUUAGAUCAACCACGACCAACUGUCCACGUCAACCCUUCUACUGGUAGAGGAUCUGGUCCUCAUAAAGAAAAAUUUCAUAGUUACCUGGGGGUAGUGGCACGGGAGAAAAUCCCUAUCGUUCAUACAACUUGGAAGGAUGUCCCAGAAACUCUAAAAGUUCUUGUAUGGGAUGACAUUUUGCCACAUUUGCCUGAAAUUUCAGUAACCAUGACUGUGAUUGCAACUAUAGAAGUAUGA